CAUCGCUGGCUAUGACUGACGCUGUCGCAGAUUGAAAUAAACAGAAACAUCAGAAACCGAAUUAUUUAUAUCAUAACGAAGUUUAUAUUUUAAUAUAAUUAACGUAUUUUAGUUAGGUAUAUAAAUUGUUUAUACGCAUACGAUGAUAGAAAAAUGUCGCAUCCAGAGAGACCACUCAGAAUGGACAAAAUGUCACCAAAUUAUGCACUUAAACAUCAACGUAAGGUUUGGCGUGCUGUACUGAACGCCAUGGUUGGCCGGAUGCGGUCAUGCUUUUCCACUGGAUACUCCGAAGGUAUUGUUGAUGCUUCUGUCGGGAUGGGUGUUUUCAAAAGCUCCCGACACUAUCAAGCAGUGAUUGAGGAACACCUGAAGUGGUACUUUAAAGAGAUUCUCACCAUCCUCAAAGCAAUUGGCAACUGGUUUGUGUUAAAAGAACGUAAACGAAAACUGGAUGAGAUAUCCGUGAAAACCUGUUCCUGGUAUCCAGAAUCGAACCAGGCCCCUUCUGGUGAACCUGCUAGGAAAUACUGUAAACUCCGCGACCAUGAGAAAAGUUAUCUAGCAGAUGCGACAACGGCAGAUCAAAAGUAUAACGCAAGUAGCUUCGCAUCGAUACGAAGUACUGUUGCAGAUUCGGGGGAAGAAAAUCAUAUAGCUGGUAAUCAACAGCUUUCUUCUUUUUCUACGCAAUCGAUGAUAAAAGAAUCCGAUCAGCAAACAUUUCCCGAAAUCAUCGUAAACAUGAGCACUAGUAAUAGUCAUCAGAAAGUGGAAAACUGGCUGGCCAACCACUUUCCAAGUAUGGAAUUAGGUGCUUCCCAAGCUCCUCAAAUCGUUAUGAGUGAGCUGAACGAAAACUACGACAGGUUACGAUUUCAACAAAGGCAAAACAUGAUCCUUUCAAAAAAAGAUGACGAGGACUCAUUGUUGUCAGUGGACACUGCGAAAUAUAUCCUUUCCAAUCGAAAUAAGAAUAAUAGUAGCAAUAGAGUUCGAGCAACCACAACUAUACAGCAGUUUGCGCUCGCUUCCAAACGAAUAUCAAAACUCCGGAACAAUUCCAAAAUACCUCCAGCGAUUCUCCUCGACGCAUGUAAAGAUGAGAAUUCGAAAGAAAUAACUAAGCAAAACCUGACAGUAUCUAGGCAUUCAACACCAGACAAAGAAAAGAGGUGGAAACGGAGAAAAGUGUUCAAAAAGACAGUGAAAAAAAGAACGUUGUUUCAUAGAAAGAGCGUUACGUCAAGGGCAUCGAACGGUUCACAGGAGUUUGAACAGUCUCUACACAAAAAAUGUCGUGUAGUAAAGAUGAUGAAAUCAGGAAGCAAACAAAUACAGUGGAUAGAAAGUAACCUGCGGAAAAACGAAACGGAAACUAGCAGUAGUGAGGAUGAAAAAAUUUUCCAGCAUAAGACAAAAAGAAGUCGUCACCGACGGCCAACAAUGAGUGAUACGCUGAAUUGUGACACAAGCCCGUGUAGAAAAGGAUCUUCCUCGCAGUGGAUUGAAGAAUCAUUAGAAUCAAUUGAUUCGACUCUUGAGAAUAAAACACCUGACAAAUCACACAAUAAUGUGACCUCUAACUUAUCAUCAUUAUUUGCUGUUGAAAAUGAUAACAUAACAAACUCAACUAAAAUCAACAAUGCAACGUUCGAUAAUGUCAGCACGAAAACCACUGGGAAAUCGAGCAUAUACAAAACAAAUAGCGUUUACGAUCCAUCACGCAGUGUUUUAGUGUAUACACCGAAGCACAUCGAUCCGUCAUUACCACUGAGUGACCGUAUCCGUAUUACUGUAAAAGAUUUGGACCUCAGUCAAGUUACUAAGCCACGCCAUCUAUUGGAAUUUCAGGAAUUCAACUACCUAGUCCAUCCUAAUUCGACAGUGCGGUUCUAUCCGUCUGAUUCGGAAGAAGACGUUCCUAAGCCUGCGCUGAGCGCCAAACUCCUACAAAUGAUUGCGGAAGAUUCCGAAAGCUUCGAUGAUGAUGAUCCGAUAUUGGUCUACAAUCCUCGUAAUUUAAAUCGGCUAAAUUUAAGAGAGGUUCUAUACACCUGUGAUUGAUGUCUGGUGAAAAACCUGCGAAUUUGUAUAUUAAAUUAUUUAAUAAAUGUUUUGUUAGGUAACAUUAAAAAAUUAA